AUGCCUUCUGCAGUUGAGCACAAGCUCAGCAAUACUAUUAGCCAGUCUCAGGUAGACCACUGGAAUAAGGUGUUAUCAUAUUUGACCCCACAAGAGGUGCUGAAAUGGUCUAUCGUUACCUUCCCAAAUUUGUUCCAGACAACUGCGUUUGGUCUUACUGGAUUAGUGAUCCUUGAUAUGCUAAGCAAACUGGAUCCAAUGGAGGGUUUGGACAACCCAAGCCAUCCAGUGGAUCUUGUUUUCGUGGAUACUUUAUACCAUUUCCCUCAGACACUGGAUCUUGUCGACAAAGUGAGGCAGAAGUACCCUUCCGUGAAACUGCAUAUUUUCAAACCUGCUGGAUGUGAGACAGAAUCAGACUUCAAGCAGAAGUACGGCGACGAGCUAUGGGUCAAAGACGACAUGAAGUAUGACUAUCUUGCCAAAGUUGAGCCCACACAGACCGCUUAUAAGACACUCGGAAUUGACGCUGUUUUCACAGGAAGGAGGAGAUCCCAGGGUGGAGCCAGAGGCUCCCUCCCAGUGGUUGAGAUAGACAAGGUCUCCCAGGUCAUAAAGAUCAACCCUUUGGCGUCAUGGGACUUCAAAGAGGUUCGCGAUUACGUGAAGGCCAACGAUGUUCCAUAUAACGAUCUUUUGGACUUAGGAUACAAGUCCAUUGGUGACUGGCAUUCUACUCAGCCGGUGAAUGAAGGUGAAGACGAGAGAGCAGGAAGAUGGAAGGGUCAGGCUAAGACGGAGUGUGGCAUCCACGUGACGUCAAAAUUUGCUGAAUUUCUACAGGCUAAAUAA